GCUGACUCACGCCCGGCUCGUCCCAUAAAAGCCUCGCGCCGGCUGCUGCCUGGCAGACUCGUUUUUUCUUUCCUCCCCUGGUCGCUUUUCGCGUGGAUCUUAUUCUCUCCCGGGACAGAAGGUAGAGCGAAGCCACUUGGCAAGGAUGGGAAAGCUGCGGGGCUCCGUGAUGCCCGUGGAUCUGCUUGGCAACGCCGGAUUGCUCUGCCAGGCGUGCGGUUUCCUCCUCUGCAACCCGCAGCAAGCCGAGUGUGGGCACCGCUACUGCAGGGGAUGCGUGAAGAGGCUGUUCAGGGACACUGACAGGGUGGCCUGCCGGACUUGUAAGAAGGGACUGAGCCCCAAACAGUUCCACACUGACAAAGCAGCAGAGAACGACGCUCUAGCCACACAAGUCGCCUGCCCAAACUUUGACUGCGCUUGGACGGGGACCCUGAAAUCGUAUCAGGAGCACGCUUGCCCCCCUGUGGCCCAGCCCGGAACUCCAAAGAAGGCUCCCUUGGCCCUUGGAGACCAAAACAUUGAGGAGAGAGAACCCUGCUGGAGUGUCAAUAGCACAGUCAUGGGUGGCCCUUCCAUGAACGUGGAAGCUGUCCAGAUGCGGGUGGAGGCGUUGGCGCUGACGGUGGUGUCUCUGCACCGACAGCUGAACAGCCAGACGGCUGCGGUGAAGUCCCUCCAGCGCUGCUGCUCCCACUACGAGAAGCUCUUGAGGGCCUCUCAGGAAGUGUGCGCCAUGCCGAAAACGUCUGGAGAACCAGCGUCGCCGGAGCUGGCCACCACCGACGGCACCUUGGUGUGGAAGGUGGAGAACUUCUCCAAACUCCAGAAGGAUGCCAAAGCUGGGAAGAAGCGUUCCGUUUACUCCCCGGCCUUUGCCACUCAUCCGUUCGGGUACCAUCUCUGCGUCCGGCUCUACCCUGACGGAGAUGGCAUUGGCCAGGGGGGCCACGUCUCACUUUUCGUCGCCUUGGCCAAGGGGCCCUAUGACGACGUCCUGCCCUGGCCUUUCCGGCAGAAGGUCACCUUCUCUCUCUUGGACCCCACACGGAGGAAGUCUCCCGUGAUGGAUACCUUCCUCCCGGAUCCCCACAGCGUCUCCUUCCACCAGCCGCGGCAGAGGCUCAACGUGGCCAGCGGGAGUCCCCUCUUUGUCAGCCAUCUUGAGAUUCCUGAUUACCUCAAAGACGACACGCUCUACCUCAAAGUAGUGGUGGAUAAUGCAGGGAUGGAAAUCUGAGGACGGGAGACACGGGGGCAACAGAACAGGGUUAUUCUCUGUUCCCUCAGUCACACUUUUGUGAUUUUUCCCUAAACGCCUUUUAACUGUUUUUGAAGCUCUUCACCUGUUGUCAUCAAAUCCCUACCCCUUUCUCUACACCACCAAUUGUGUCCGCUACAAUUCCCAUUCUGAAAUGGGCAGUGAACUACCUCUCUAGGAAACCUAAAUCUUCACAUAAUAGUGCUGUGGAUCGUGCAAUAUCCAUCCCUCACCCAAACUCAGGUGGAACUUUUUAGUCUUUGUGAUUCCCCCCCACCCUACUUCUGAAGAGUUGCUGAUAAAUGUAUGGAAAAUGGUGGAGUGUCUGGAUCGGCCUUUCAGAGGUCUUGAGCGUGAUAUACUGUAACACGAACGCUGGCCACUGGAUACCAUCGAUUGCGUAAUUUAUUCAAGUUGCAGAAUUGGAGUUUUCAUACCUGGCUGCUUCGGAUCUUUUAAAAAUGCAAUUCACUGGAAAAGACGCAGAAUGCCUGAAGGUUUUCUUCCGAUGCCUCAUUGCAUCUGUAGUUUUUGAGUGAUUGGGGAGCUGCAAAUUUAGAAUUUGUUACUGCUGUGGAGUUUGCCAUGUGUGUUUGUGUUUUCCUGCUGCAGCUCAGCAGGUUACAGUUGAAAGUGAUGUUUUGAAAUAUUAUAUAUUUGUAUUUAUUGUUAAUCAGUUCUACUGCACUUUUUAAAGACAAGGGGGAUUUGCAAUAAUAAUUAAGGAUUGUAUCCUCGAACAUGACAGUUUUUUUCUACCUCGCUUCCUUAUUUAUUGAUGAGAAUGUUGGUAUUUAUUAUGGAAAUUGAAAUAUUAAAACAUUAUUUAUUCAAUGGAUGGCUGCUUGUGCUGGUUUGCUGAGCGGGUGGGGGAAAAUAUGCCUAGUGAAGUAAUAAGAGUAAAUAAUAAUAAUUUUCCCAACCUUCACUUACGGUCACAGGGUGGGACACAACAACAUUAAAAACAGUUUUAAAACAACUUACAAACCCAGAAAUUAGGUGGGUCCUGAAAGUAUAUAUCUCAAGUGUCAAGAGGUACGUACUCAGCAUUUAGGGACGCACGUGGCGCUGUGGUAUAAACCACGGAGCCUAGGGCUUGCCGAUCAGGUCGGCAGUUCGAAUCCCCACAAUGGGGUGAGCUCCUGUUGCUUGGUCCCUGCUCCUGCCAACCUAGCAGUUCGAAAGCACAUCAAACUGCAAGUAGAUAAAUAGGUACCACUCUGACGGGAAGGUAAACGGUGUUUCUGUGCGCUGCUCUGGUUUCACCAGAAGGGGCUUAGUCAUGCUGACCACAUGACCCGGAAGCUGUAUUCCGGCUCCCUCGGCCAAUAAAGCGAGAUGAGCACCGUAACCCCAGAGUCGUCCGUGACUGGGCCUAACGGUCAGGGGUUCCUUUACCUUUACCUCAGCAUUUGCCCAAAGCUGUAUUGAAUAAUGAAGAUACCAGAUACACCUCUCUCUCCAUAGCAGGGCAGUGAGGCAAACGCUGAGGAGACAGCAAUGCUCUCUGAAACCCAUUAAUCUUCCACCUGCAACUAUGGCAACUCCACAAUGUCCUGGACCGAAGAGGCCCCUAGAGGCCACUGCUUGUAUCCAAGGCCAGACAUAUGCAAUGUUGGUGGUGUUGGGGAUCCGUCUGCCUCGAGAGACAAUGGAGUGUGCCUCCGGGGGUGAAGUCAAACCGCUGUGUCGCCAGGACUGAAGUGACCUCCCUGGGGCGCAAACCUGGGCAGUGUGUUAGGAGGUCCUGGGCUACCCAGCCGACAAGACCCCCUUCUCAGCCUCACUGUCAUGCACUGGCUGGAUGCAGGGGGGGGGGCAGGAGGCACCAGCUGGGAAAUGCCCCGAGAAAGAAGGCUCGGACCCAGGUGACUGGUGGUGGGAUGACAAUGCAUGGUCAGAGGGAGAAGAGGGAGCAGAACAGAAGGAGGAGG